GCGAACCUAGUCCUUCUGGAUUCAUUAUUAAACUGCUGGAACCUGGGCAGUCUUCGUGUGACAUUCUAGUUCGUACUAGUAGCAGGGAUUUUGAGAAAGAUGAAGUUCAGGGAAAUGUUACUUUCUGACUCAGCAACUAACAUGUCAAAACCUGGAACUUCCAUUGGAAAGGGACAAGAAAAGAAAGGUGACAUUGAACUGAAGUUCUUUGAAUUACAUGACUUGAAAGCCGUGACAGACAAUUUUUCCCCUGAUAAUAAGUUUGGAGAAGGAGGUUUUGGGCCUGCUUUUAAGGGUCAAUUGCCAGAUGGGCAGCAAAGCUGUGAAAAGGCUAUCAACUCAAUCAAGGCAAGGCAUAAGUGAAUUCAAAACUGAG